AAAUCUCUCCAUUAUCAUUGUCCAGUCGCCAUGUCCAGCACACUGCCGCCCCUCCACAAUACCGCCAUCCCUGCGUCAGUGUCUAAGGACUUGUUAGCGUCGAAGGAAGGAUCAUCUUUGUCAGCAUGGGUCAAGCGCGCGUUCAAGUCGCUGUUCGUUCUCCCGACGAUUCGAUUUCUCCUUGGAGCACUCUUCGGGGUGACGGCCACCGUGACGAUUUGCUUUUUCCCGUUCCCCAAAGGAAAGUAUAUGAGUUUCGUUUGCGCGCCACUGGCCCUUAUGUUUGCCUACCUCCUGGACAAGUACACCAACACGAGCGUGUGCAUGGCCACGACGGCCAUCAAGGUCCUCCAGGGCAAGGCAAGCUUCUCGGUUGCAUGGGUCGUUUACCUCGGCAUGUACUUUGGGUCGUCUUACAUCAUCAAUGAAUUCCACCACGCAAUUGCCACGUCUCCUCCAAAGGAUCGUCAGUACAUGGAGCUCGUGGUCGAGAAACUCUACUUUGCCAUGAACGAGACGGUGUCGUCCCGCCUGCAGCAAACAGCUAUUGUCACCGCGUUCUUCUACGGCUUCGACCACAUCCUCAUCCGAGUUGUGCUUCACGUGAUGGCAUUUGUAUGGCUCGUGCUGCUCCCGGAAAUGAACCCCGCCGUCGCCAUGGGCUUUUUUGGCGGCACCAAGGAGCUCAGCGGCGAAGACCGCGCUCGUUUCUGGGUCAACUUUGCCUUCCUUGUCGUGUCUAGCGUCGUGUUUCUCAAGGCCAGCGACCUUGUCCUGCGAGGGGUCAAGAAACUUUGCGCUCCCAAGCCCAAAUUAUGUUGCUAAUAAUCUAAUGACAAUUGCAUUUUCCUGAUAA